AUGAAUUUGAUUUGUUCGACCCGGUUCACCAUACCAAAACGUGAAACGAUCAAUUUUAUUACCGGUGAUAUAAUGGGCAAAGGUGAAAUCAGAAUUAUUGACGUGAAAAUUGAUGAUCAAGGGAAUCCCGAUUACGAUAAACAAAACUAUGAAUAA